UUCACGAGGGCCGACAUGUAUCCUGUGCCACUCAAACAAAGGCACACAUCCACACCUAUCACUCCAUCAUUUACCAAAGGAGGAACAGAGCUCUCCCAGCUGCUCAUCCCUUGCAAGUGGUCGCCAUCGUCCGCAUCCGCGUGGGACACACAACACUCGCCGCACACUUGUACUGCCUACGUCUGUCUCCUGAUCCCAUCUGCCCUUGGUGUAGGACUAUUCCUGAGACCAUUGAGCAUUUCCUGCUCUACUGCCCACGCUUCCACCCCCCACUGCACUGCAUUACGUUCUUGGCUCUCUGCCCUGGGCAUCGACCUGCUUACCCUCCUGGCGGCCUCAGGUGUCCAUCCCUCCCGGCAAUCUGCUGUCCUUCGCCUUACCUGUGCCUUCUUGAGGAAGACCGGCCAGCUAUCGCGCCUGUGAUAUCCACACAGGACUACUCCAGGGCUCAUAAGGAUUUAAAGAUCUUCGCGGCCCUGACAACAACAACAACAUCCCUUUCAAGUCCUUAACAACAUAUUGCAGCAAUUAUAAGAAAUGAAGAUUUCACGAGGGCCGACGUGUAUCCUGUGCCACUCAAACAAAGGCACACAUCCACACCUAUCACUCCAUCAUUUACCAAAGGAGGAACAGAGGUACUGUACUAUGCUGCAAAGUGAUAU